UUUUCUUUACAGUUAGGAAGACAUAUACACUGUAGUAUAAUUGAAAUGAAAUGAAGAAAAAAAAACCAAAAAUUGUAUAGAAAGGAGAGAAAAACAAUACUAUAAAAUAAAGAGUAGUCAAUAAUUCAUAGUAGCUUCUCUAUAAAUAGACAUCCAAACACAAAAGAAUUAAGCACAUCGGAAACUUCCACUCUUCUUCUUAUUCGUUCCAUCCACUCACUUCAUCCUCUCUCUCUCUCUCACUUGUUUCUCUCACUAGAGCAAUGGGAAUCUUCGAUGACAGUAGCAAGACACUAUGGGGAAGCAUGACCCUUGGUUCUUCACGUUACGCUCUUAACGGCAAAAUCAUGCUCGCUUCCGUUAUCAUCCUCUUCGUCGCCGUCAUCCUCAUCCUCUGUUUCCACAGCUACGCCAGAUGGCUAUUCCGACGUCAAAACCGCCGUAUUCGCCGCCGUAUCAAUGCUCAUCUCCGAUCGCUAUCCGCCGCUCGAGACCCCACUCAAUCAUCCUCCCUCUCUCCUCUCGAUCCGACGGUGCUCGAGAAGAUCCCGAUCUUCGUCUACUCCGUUGAAACCCACAAAUCUCCGCCGGAGGAGUGCUCCGUUUGCUUGUCGGAGUUCGAAGAAGAAGACGAAGGACGUGUCCUUCCCAAAUGCGGCCACGUGUUUCACGUUGACUGUAUUGACACGUGGUUCCGGUCGAGAUCUAGCUGUCCGCUUUGUAGAGCUCCGGUUCAACCCGAGCAGUCGUUUACUGAAUCCGGUUUGAGGAAUUCAGAACCGGUUGCUCCCGUUUUUCCAUCGGUUAAGCCAAUUGAGGAUACCGAAGCCGGAAGCUCGUCAUCAUCGGACGAAUCCGAUUCAUCGACGCCGUCUUCGUCGUCUGGUUCGCCGUUGAGGUUCCCGAUGGAAGCUUGCGAGAGGGAACCGAUUGAUUUAGUCGGUAUACUUGUUGAGAUUCCCGGGGGAAAUUGACGCUUCUAACUCCGGUUUACCCGGGGACAACGGAUCUAAUAAUCGGGUUUCGAUGAAGAGGAUAUGGGGUAUUUGAUUUGUUCCCUCACUCAAAAUUGUUUGGAACUGAAGAGUCCGACCCGAUAAUUGGGGAACCGGGUGGGCAAGAGAUGGAGUCGUAAUUCGGAUUCGUAACGAUCGGCUAACCGAACCGGUAAGCGGGGCUACUCGGUCAAUGUAUGUACUGUCGUUUAAGUAGAGAAGCAAAGCAAUCGCUAAGCCAAGCUCUCCCGCCAAAACGAUUCUCUUUGUUCCUUUGUAAUCUCUUAAAAUGGUUUGUUACAGAGUUGUAAUUAAAGUAAAUAAUUACGUUUUUAUCAUUGUAAUUUUUUUAAAAUAAUAUGUUCAUUAUUAACCGAAUACUAAACUUAAUUGUUUGUAAACCUUGUCAUUCACUAUUUCAUUUACCCUUUUCGUUCA